GUUCCUGCGUUGCAAAUCGCCGCCUGUUUCUGCAGAGGAAGGAGCCAAGGGGUCGCGCCUAGUGAAUGGGAAUCGCCGUUGGAAGCAAAGAGGGAUUCUCACUAUGGCCAAAGAUGGGAGUGAAACAGAGAAGCUGCUGAAGAAGAUCCAGGAACUGGAGGAGACUGUGCAAAGGCUGGAGGAAAGGCUUGCGAACCACAAGGAGGCCCCCAGCACAGCAGCCAGCCAGACAACAUUAGGAAAAACUAGGAGACAUCAGCAACGGCCAUUUGACUUUGAUGCGUAUGGACGAAGACAUGUGGCACUGAAAAUCGCCUACCUGGGCUGGGAAUACCAGGGUUUUGCAAGCCAGGAGAACACCAACAAUACCAUUGAAGAAAAGCUGUUUGAAGCUCUUGGCAAAACCCGUCUGGUCAAGAAUAGGCAGACCUCCAACUAUCACCGCUGUGGGCGUACCGAUAAAGGAGUCAGUGCCUUUGGGCAGGUGAUUUCCUUGGAUCUCCGCUCAAAUCUUCCAGAGAAUACACCUGGGGAUACAGCAAACAGCAAAGCAACUAAGGCUUCAGAGGAGAUCCACUACACCCACAUCUUGAAUCAAGUUCUCCCUCCUGACAUACGGGUCCUGGCUUGGGCCCCAGUAGAACCCAACUUCAGUGCUAGAUUUAAUUGCUUGAAGAGAACCUAUCGCUACUUUUUCCCUUGCGCUGUGCUUGAUGUAGCCCUCAUGAAUAGGGCAGCUCAAAAAUUUGUGGGAACCCAUGAUUUCCGUAAUUUGUGCAAAAUGGAUGUUGCAAAUGGUGUCACUAGCUUUCACAGAACCAUUCUUGCUGCAGAGGUGCAGCCUGUGGACAGAGAAGGGGAGACUGAGCAACAGAACCCUUUCCGGAUGUACUACUUUGAGGUGACAGGCCAGGCAUUCCUGUACCACCAGGUCCGUUGCAUGAUGGCCAUUCUGUUCCUGAUCGGGCAAAAGAUGGAGAAGCCAGAGAUUAUUGAUGAGUUGUUCGAUAUUGAGAAAAACCCUAGAAAACCACAAUACAGCAUGGCAGUGGAGUUUCCUUUGGUUCUGUACGAUUGUGACUUUGAAAACAUUCAGUGGAUCUAUGAUAAAAAAGUACAUGAAUUUAAUGUUACGCAUCUACAGCAACUUUGGACCAAUCAUGCUGUUAAAAGUCAUAUGUUACACAGCAUGUUAGAAGGGCUGGAUUUUGCCAAGAUACAUAUAGAAACAGAUACAGGGAACAACACAGCAGUUCUUUGGAGAGAGGUAACACCCCCAAUUCACAAUCAAAUCAGUGCCUUAAUUGAAGGAGUGAAAGCUCGCAAAUACAAACGAUUAAUGGAUCGCCCCAAAUGUGAAGCUUUGGAGUCUCGCAUUAGUCACUUUGUGCGACGAGGACGCAUUGAACCUCCACACUUGAAAAAAGCAAAGCAUGCUGAAAUGGAAGGAAAUGAACAGAUGGAACCAUAAGAAGAGCUAUAGGGGGCCCAGAGAGGCAAGCAGUGAUAUUCCAGGACAAGCUGCAAAGAGGGCUUGCACAAGUAUAGCAUCUGGUAGUUUCUAAGCACAUACAAUGCUCUUCUCUAAAUAACCAAAAUAAUGCCAUUUCUUUUGAAAGAACGCAAA